AUGCCACACGCAGAUUCCGCUUUCGUACCCUCAGAUAUUCAGACAAAGUGUGAAUUUUGGAACCAUGUCCAUGAUCAGUUGCAGGGUUUACUUGAAGGACAGCGGAAUUGGAUUUCGAAUCUUGCUAAUGCCUCCGCUCUAAUAUACAAUGCGCUGCUCGCCUUCCCCGCACAUUUUGGUCCCGGGAAUAGAGCCGUCAACUGGUGCGGAUUCUACAUCGAUUCUGCCUUUUUUCCUGCUGCGCACGAUCUCGAUCAGUCCGGAAAGUUAUUGCUUGGGCCAUUCUGCGGCAAGCCCGCUUGCCAAUUCAUCAACAUUACGCCAGGGAAGGCUCGGGGGGUAUGCGCCGAUGCUUAUCUUCGCCGGGAGACUAUACUCGUACCCGACGUAGAGCGGUAUCCUGGUCAUAUAGCAUGUGACGGGGAGACCAAAAGCGAGAUCGUAUGCCCAUUACUUCUCGAGCAAGGUGACAAGCAGAUCGCCGUAGGAGUCUUCGACCUGGAUUGUCUGGCGCUCGAGGGUUUUGAUGAGGAAGACAAGGCGGGCCUAGUGAGGUUAGCGGACCUGGUGGUCAAAGCAUCCGAUUGGUAG